UUCAACGCCAGCGCAACGGACGCAUCGCCGCUUCGCAGUCAAACUCCCGUUUCGCGAAAAAAACUAAGAAAAAAGCAAUUUCUUGCUAGCGUGUGUGUUGACGCGUUGUUGUGGGCGUGUUGUGCACUUCCGUGUCGAAACUCUUUUGCAUUUUACAACUGCGUGAGGUGGGCGAGGGGGGUGUGCCCCUGCUAGAACUGUCCGAACGCGCGUUAGUUGACAACGUCGCGCAGUCGCCGCGUGUUUUGGAUUCUGUUUUUGUUUUUUUCUUUAUUGCUGUUGUUGUCGGCUUGUUGCGGAUUUUCAUUAUUGUUUUACAAUGGCCUCUUGGCCGCGUCGCAAUAAGCAGGCAUCGGCAUCGGCAAACGGCAUCGGCAAAGGCAACGCCAACGGCAGUUUAAACAUGUGAAUAUAAAAGCAUAAUUGUUGUGUGCCUGCGGCUUAAUACGCGUCAGGAACUUCAACGCGAAGGUUCCUCAAUCAAAGGACGCAUAAAUAACAUAACUAAAAAUAAUAAAAAAUAAAAAUUAACAAUUAACGGAAACACAAUUUCGAAGCUGAGUACAAAUAAAUAAUUUCCUGUUGCAGUCACACGGGUAGUCAAAAAGGUUACUUCCAUCAUUUGGAGCAGACGACAUUGUCUUAGCCUGAGCCCAAAGACUGUGCGUGUUCUUUGCCUGCCCUGCAAAAUGAAUGCCACCUCGCCAAAGUCAUCGCUGGUCAAACUGGGUCUGCAUACCAACAAGCAAAAGGCGCUUAAGGUUAUGGUUCUGGGCCAGAGCGGGGUUGGUAAAACGGCUAUGGUCGUGCGUUUUAUAACGCGUCGCUUCAUUGGCGAAUAUGAUCCGAACUUGGAGAAAAUCUAUACCUGCCAAACGACACUGGACAAAGAGUCGGUGCAGUUUGACAUACUGGAUGCCACCGGGCAGCUGCAUGAACUGGAUGGCGUUACGCUGGAGUCCAAUAUACGCUGGGCCGAUGCCUUCAUACUCGUUUACUCCAUCACAGACAAAUGCUCCUUUGAUGAAUGCAGCCGCUUAAAGUUUCUCAUCAACUACAACAAGCGACGGCGCAAACUGGGCUCGGCCAGCAAGGAUUACGCUCUGGAUAUACCAGUCAUACUGGUGGGCAACAAGACAGAUCAGACUGGCGAUCGAAUGGUCAGCUUGGAGGAGGGACAACGUCGAUUUCGUGAGCUCUCCUGUGCCUGCUUCCAUGAGAUUUCUGUAAGAGAAAGCGUCGAUCAGGUACAAAACGUAUUCCGCGAUGUGUUCCGCUUCUGGCGUGUAUUUAGCAAAUUUCCAAAGCUCAAACGUUCCACCAGCGAUGUGGCGCAUGCCGCCGAUGGCACUUUAACGCCCGAUUCCGGUUCCUGUUCCUUCUACGAUGCGACGCCGCUGGGCGUGGCCCGACGAUCGUUCCUGGUCAUUGGCAGCGCCUGCCAAGAGGAGAACAGCGGCGAUCAUACCGAAUCCACCGAUGAUAUAGCCAGCAAUAGCUUGGGUAGUUCACGCAGCGAUAUCGAUGCACCGUUCCGGAAUCGCGCCUCCACCGAUGGCACCCUACUGUCCAGGCCCCGACGCUGGCGCUAUCCCCCUCCCGGCUGUCUACUGCCGCAUACAAAUCGCGUCGAACGUCGCAUGAGCAUCUCGACGAGAGGCAGCAAUGCCAGCUACUGACACUGAAACUCACCUAGUUAGUUCAAAUGUUG